UUUCUUUCAAAUUGUUGAUUUAUUCAUUCGUUAUUCGUCAUUAAAAAACAAACAACCAUACGACAAUGAUCUUUUUUUGGACCACGAAUAUAUGUUGAUAAUAAGAUUAUAAUGACGGAUAACGUAGAACAACAAUUUGUAGAAAUUUCUGAAUACAUCGAUCAUAAUAAUGAUGACAACGAUGAAGUGAAUUCUAAUCAAGAAAUUAUUACGACAAUCACAUCAUUCACCGAAGAAUUUGCAUUUGUCAUCGAAUUAUUUGUACAAAUUCUAUUGAUUUAUUGUCUUUGUUAUCUAUCUACAAUGAAAAAAUUUCUAAUGGAUCAGAUUUUCAUACAGCCAAAUCUUUUACGGCAACCAACAAGAUGGCCAGCAAUCAUUGUUUACUUCCGAUCAUCAUUCAUCUUUUUAGAUUUAUUAUGAUUCAAUCAUUUCAAAUUACUGAUAUUUUGUACUGUGAAAUUGAUAAAUUGAAUUUUUUGAAAACAGUGCAAAAAAAAUUAUUCAAACCAUUAAAUUGGUUUAAUAUACCUAUUGGGUACAAAAUGCCUGCCAAAAAUUGUGCAACGGAUUUGAAC